AUGGCAUCAUCGGAUAUGGAAUCGCUUCCUCAACACCGCAUCGUCCAGUUAGGAUGCGGAGCGGCAUCGGUGGAUUUCUUGGCGGCAGUGGCUUCUUAUCCUAAACCCGAUGACAAGAUCAGAAGUACUAGCUUGAAGGUUGAAGGAGGUGGAAAUGCAGGGAAUGCUUUAACAUGUGCUGCUCGUUUGGGCUUAAAUCCGAGGCUCAUUUCCAAGGCACGGCUCAUUUAUACUUUAUCUCAAGCAUUCAUUCAUUUUGAUAGGUUGCUAAGCUGGACUCUAUAUGUGGUUUCCAAGGAUGGUAAUUCACCAUUUACCUAUGUCAUCGUUGACAAUGAAACGAAAACCCGUACCUGUAUUCAUACUCCAGGAUAUCCUCCCUUGAUACCAGACGAACUUUCCCGGUCAGAACUUUUAUCUGCAUUAGAUGGGGCAAGACUUGUCUAUUUUGAUGGAAGGUUACAUGAAACUGCCAUAGUUGUUGCACAAGAGGCAGCUCGCAAGAAUAUACCCAUUUUGAUUGACGCAGAAAGAAAGAGAGAAGGAUUGGAUGAUCUUUUGUUGUUGGCCAGUUAUGCUGUAUGCUCAAAAAAAUUUCCACAGGCUUGGACAGAGGCACCAUCUGUUCCAAGUGCACUUGUUUCCAUGCUUCUGAGAUUGCCGAAAAUCAAAUUUGUGAUUGUGACCAUGGGUGAAGAUGGAUGCAUAAUGCUUGAGAGAAGCACAGAAGGUGAGUGUACACUUCUUAGUUUCGCAAGCAAAGGACAAAAGGCUCCUGCAUCAGAAGAAAAGGAUGUAGAGAGCUUAUUGGAGUCACUGAAGCAGAAUAAGGAUGAUAACAUAGCCAUCCCAACAUGUUAUGCAUCACCAUUGACAAAGAUAAGAUCAAAUGGUAUAGGGACUGUGAGUGGGAGGUUGUUUGUGGGAACAGCUGAGAAGAUACCACCACCAGAACUUGUUGAUACGACUGGUGCUGGAGAUGCUUUUAUUGGUGCUGUUCUUUAUGGUAGGUGUAAUGUGAAUAUGGAUGCAUGUGCACUCUCUGCGGCUGCUGGCUGUAGGGCUUUGGGAGCUCGAAGUGGUCUCCCACACCGCACAGAUCCACGCUUGGCAGCCUUUUUACAUUAG